AUGAACGACCUCCUCAACUACAUCCUCUCCCUGGAUACCUUCCGAAAAAACCGCCUCCCAUCCCUCUACUCCGACUUUGCCACCUUCCGAAAGACGAACCCCGAGGGCUACGCCGUCAACACAGCAGCCUGGCAGCAUGCCCUAGCGAGCGCCGCCAAACGCGGCUUCAUAUCUUCUUCUCCCUCUUCUUCUGCAGGACCGACCGACUCGAAACGCAAGAGCGACCAUCUCAUUCUCCGCGCCGACCAGUCUUUAUUGCGGGAGUUGGAGAUCCCCGAGUGGGGGCGGCCCGUGGCGCUGGCUGCUGUUAUUGACGAUGCGGUCUAUCAUCGGACGAUGGUCCCCAUGCAGGCGUACAAGAGUAGCGGGGCUGUUCUUGAAAAGCCGCGGUGGAAUCUCGUGGACCCUGCGGCGUUGAAUCCGUGGAAUGUGAUGAGCUGGGGGCUGAGACAGUUGAGGGGUGCGGUGCUGGGGUCUGAUAUGGAGGCUACGCCUGGAUUGCAGUCUCAGGAGCUGGUGCUGGUGGAGAAUUUAAAGGAGGCUGCGAGCCGGGUCGUGAAGCGGGUUACGGGCAUGAGCCCGUCUAGGACUGACUUGGUGUAUUCCAAGGAAAGUUUCAAGGCUGCGUUUGAUACAGCGCUGAGUGAGGAGAGUGAGCUGUCUGAUGCGGAUUUUGACCUUUUAUUGCUUUAUUUAUCCCGCGACUGCGGUGCCAUCGCUUAUGACGGCAAGACUAUCCGCUUCCGACCCUCCGACGAUACCCCCCGUGAAAUCACCCAGCAAGAUACCACUAUUGCCUCGAUCAAGGCGCUCACGGCGAGCAUGACCAAGCAGGUCGAGAGUCUGGAGAAGAAGAUUGUCGAGCUAAAUCUGACCGCGAAGACGGCGCUGCACCACAAGAAUCGGAUCUCGGCCCUCUCGGCAGUCCGUUCCAAAAAGCUCGUAGAGCAUAACCUGCAGCAGAGGCUGGACACUCUGACACAGCUCGAGGAGGUAUUUUCCAAAAUCGAGCAGGCUGCGGAUCAGGUGGAGUAUGUCAAGGUGAUGGAGGCUAGCACGGGUGCCCUUCGCGGGCUGCACAAGCAGAUUGGAGGGGCCGACAGGGUCGAGGAUGUGGUCGACGAGCUGCGCGACGAGAUGUCCAAGGUGGACGAGGUCGGCAACAUCAUGAACGAGGCUGGCCCUGUUAUUGACGAGUCCGAGAUCGACGACGAGCUUGCCGAGCUGGAGGGCAAAGAGGAGGAGGCGAGGGGAGAGAAGGCCGCGGAAGAGACUCGGAAGAAGCUCGCCGAGCUCGACAACAUCGAGCAGAGUGCCAGAGAGGCUGCUCGGACAUCAGCAGCUGAGCAGAAUCUAGAUUCUGAAUUGGAAGAGAGGCUCUCCCGGAUGUCUGUUGAGGAGGCGCCAGCGGCUCAUUGA